GCUUAACAUUCAACAAUAUACCAUACAGCAAGUUCUUACUGGGAUUCAACAGCCACACAACAGCCACAUCCAGUGACUUUAAAUGCAGCGCGUGAAGCGCUCAGCAGUGGACGGUACUAGAUACCCACAAUGAUUUUGCUCUCUCUCUCCAAUGAACACGUUCGCAAUACCGUUAUCACCAACGAGCAAAGUCAAAUUAUUUACAAGACAGAGACUCCGUUUGGACUAGCUGGUGUCGGUAGUACCACGACCAUUCAUAAAAUCAAGCCAAAUGACGAUCAGUAUGAUAUGCAAGACCAGUUCGAUGUCUUGGGAGAGAUCGAGUGGCACAAAUUUUCUUCCUCAAAGUUUCGUUAUGGCGGAACUGAAGUAGAGACGAAGGAGUUCAUUCCGAAGAGAGGCCUAUGGGGUCAGGAGCGCGUCUUCAUAGGACCAGAUAGCCGUCCCUAUCGCUGGGACCUGAAGUCCAGAGUGGUAGUUCUCUCACGGGACGAUGCGUCUCGGACGGAAGUCGCUCGCUUUCAUAGAGCGACUUCCGGAAUUGUAGGAAGGAAACGUAAAGCCAAGCUGGAAGUAUCACCCGAAGUGGCCCAUAUGAUGGAUACCAUCAUCAUGACAUUCAUCUACGUCGAGACACUCAGAAAGGACCAAGAUGGGGAGUGA